AUGGCUCAAGCUCAAGUCGAGAGCCAUCCAAAAUCUAUGUACGGAAUGCAAACUUGUGCAACAAAUGAAUUGGCAAAGCAAGCUUGUCAGUACGAAUUCCCACUACAACAAAAGGAAGAAGCGACUGUUUCCGCUGUUAAAAAUGUUGAUGGCAAGUGUUAUUUUUGUGGGCAUGACAGACACUCUAGAGAUCGCUGUCCAGCCAAAGAAGCAACUUGUGGGAAAUGUAACAAGACAGGGCAUUAUGCGAGAGUCUGUAAAAGUAAUCCAACUCAACAUUUUAAAGUAAAACAGAAGACGUCUAGUACAUCAGCUGCACAAAUAGCAACAACACAUAAUACAUUUGUAUUGAAGGACUCUACAGUUGAAGCUAAAGUGAAUGGCCUGAAAGCAAAUUGCUUAAUAGACACCGGGAGUACAUCAAGCUUUGUAAACUUGAAGUUUGUUCAGUUAAACAAAAUUAAAAUGUAUAAUGAAAGUGGACAAGUAUCACUAGCUGCUUCUAAUAUGAAAUCAAACGUCCACGGGUUUGUUAAAAUCGACCUAAAUCUUUUGAAUCACAAUUACAACAAUUUGAAGUUGACUGUUUUUGAAGAUCUUUGUACUGACGUGCUUAUCAGACAUGCUAUCAUGAAACUCCACUCAAACAUACAGGUUUGGUUUGGAGGUAAGAAACCUCCUCUGUUGGUGUGCUCCUGUGCCAUAGUUGAACCACCCAAACUAUUCUGCAAUUUAACUCCAGAUUGUAAGCCAAUAGCCACAAAAUCACGACGUUACUCAGAUGAAGAUAUGCAAUUUAUAAAACAAGAAAUGGAAAGACUACAGACUGAGGAGAUCAUUGAACCUAGUUCGUCACCUUGGUGUGCACAAGUGUUGGUUGUUACAAACGACAAAGGGAAGAAGCGACUGUGUGUGGACUAUUCACAAACGAUAAACAAAUUUACUCUGUUAGACGCCUAUCCCUUACCAAACAUAGAUGAUCUAGUAUCCACUGUAGCGACGAACAAGGUUUUUAGUGCCAUUAAUCUAAAACAAGCAUACUAUCAAAUACCAAUUUCUGACGAAGAGAAGAAGUACACUGCUUUUGAGGCUGCUGGUCGUCUUUUUCAAUUCAGAAGAAUCCCGUUUGGCGAAGCGGUUGCAGAUUUUGAAGCCCUCAAACUUGACAUUGCAAACUCAGUAAUUACUCCUAGGAAUGGGCAAGAGCCACUGGUAGUGGAGACUGACGCAUCUGACAUAGCCGUGGCAGCAACUUUGAGUCAAGAUAAUCGGCCAAUUGCUUUUUUCUCAUGGACUCUAAACAAAUCUGAGAAGCUGUAUUCAGCUGUUGAAAAAGAAGCCGUUGCCAUUGUCGAAGCCCUUUGA